ACGACUACUCGAAAUCCCGCUUCGCUCUAUUGGUUUAACUUUAUCAGUGCCUGUGAUCCUGUCUUUUGGAGCCUCCAUUGUUGGGUUCAGCAACAGAAAUGUUUGCUUGGCGAUCCAAAAUUACCUCAUUGAAACCAAUCGAUUUCCAUGUUAGAUUGAUCGUUCUCCCUCCCAACCAUAGCUUUUUUUUAUUUCUUAUCUUUUAUUGAUUAUUAUUGUUAUUAUUAUUAUUAUCUUAUACCCGGUUUUGAUCUGAUUAUUUCCUUUUUUCUCCAAACACAAAACGUUUACUUUUAAACUCACACGCCCAAAUUGUUAACUCCCUUGUUAUCAUUAUUAUUUUUAGGCACCUAAUUAAACCGCCCGAUUCUUGGCCAAUCCCCCAGUGUGGGUAUGUGCCACGGCCACUAAGGACAACAACAACAACAACAACAACGUUCUUCGAGGAAUGUAGCUGGCCACCCUCCUACUGGAUGCGGAAAACAUACUCUUAAUGUGAGCUAAAUAAUCAAGUUUGUAUAAUCGCGCUUUCAUCUCAAGUUUUCGCAGUCUAGACUGCGUGGUACCCCACGUACCAUUGAAUCAGAAUUGUCAUCUAGCUAAAAUGACAAUCUUCACUCCAGGUUUCGCCCAGGUGUACAGGAUUUAGUCAGAUGUGUUUUCGAGUUUCUGAGGGAUCAACUUUCUAGAAGGAUCAACCGAUCCAUGGUUGAUCCCGCAGGGUGUGUUGCGCAAUUUCACAGAGGAAGAACCAACCUAUAGAAGAAAAAGAGGACGAAGAUUCAAGAUGGGCAAUGUUCUGCGCAAGAACUUCAGCAACCAGCAAUGCCCCUUGACGGAACGCGAUAAGAUCCUGAUUCGCAAUAGCUGGCGCAUGUACUGCGAGCGGAACCCGGACUACGACGUGAGCAUCUUCAUCGGCAUGUUCGCCAAGUACCCCGAGUACCUGCAGCUGUUCCCCAGGUUCAGGGACAAGGAACUGCGCGCGCUUCGCAACGACGCCGCAUUCCGGGCUCACGCAUGCGCCGUGGGCCAGCAGCUGUCGGCCAUCGUCGAGUGCAUCGAGGACGACGAGGCGUUCGUCGAGCUGAUCCGCAAGAACGCCGCCGAUCACGUACCGCGGGCCGGCGUGCGGCCCGCGAACUUCGAGGGUUUCUUCGCCGCCGCGCUCGAGCAGAUGGUGGCCUGCAACAGAGCACUCAUGACGCCAGCCACCGUGGACGCGUGGCAGAGGCUUUUCGAGAUAAUGAACACAAUCACGAGGAACGUGUACAAGGAAGCCGCAGAAGUCUUGGCAACCAGCCAGCACGCGCCGUCGGCAGAUGAACGCUCAUCGCUCGACCCAGUCGCUGCAUUUGCUGAACCCUCGAAGACGGACGCUGCUGAUGCUGCAGCUGGUUCCAGCACCGCGCCCGGACUACUGACCACACAGGAAGCCACCGCCGGCGCUGGUGCUUCGGAGAAACUGGCCGCGGAGCGUCGGGACAGCGAUCCUGGCACUUAGAAACCGAAUACAAUGGCGCCCGCUGGAAACAUCAGUGGCAUAACGACAGGGUUGGCUGUCUAGCGUGAAGCGAGCAGCGCCCCUUAAUAAAGUGCCCACUGCGAUAUUUCCGACUCUUUAAAGCAGUUAGCACCAGCACCUGCAGCGGACGCUGGUGGCACGCAAGCACCACCAGCCGCACAGCCUGGCUUGCGUAGUGCUGGGCCUCCGAACAAGCCAACUCAGGAGGCCAGCAUAGAUUUGCCGUCACUGGAUAACAUGGAGCCGGCUACAAUAUAACGCUUCGCCAAUCAUUGAAGCGA